UUUAAUAAUCUUUUGUAAAGAACUUGAUAUAUAUAUUCUUAAAAAUUUUUUAGUAAGAUAUUAUAUCUUUGUUUCAAUAUUACAACAGCUAAAAAGUAGAAUAUAGUUGUUUUGAUGAUAAUAUCAAAACAAUUCUAAUUCUUGAAAAUAUUGUUAUUUCUUAUCUGACAUUUUUUCCUCUUAACCCAGAAAAAUUAAUAAUGUUGAAUAAUGAAAAUAUAUUUUUUCUAAUAAAAUUAUAUACAAAAUUUUUUAUAAGCAAGUUGUGUCUGUUUAUUGUGGCAUAUCAUCUCAUUUCAAUAUUUAAUAUUUCAAAAAUAAAACUAUUCUCAAAACAAGAAUGCUCUUUUUUUCAAUAUUUUCUGAGACAAGACUAAUUUUUUACCAAGUUCCAUUAAAACGCAGAUGGCAUCGUUACUACAUUAAUGAUAUAUUUUUUAAUUAUAAUCAAAGGAACACGUAAAUGGCAUCUGAGGUAUUUGCGUAACAAAUGUUUCACCGAUAGCGCGCGUAUCAUUGAUAGAGAACGGGAAGUGUCAUUUGUGAUAAUUCGGUUUAUAUGAAAGAAUAUGCUCGCUUAUUCACAUAUCUUUCCUCUCAGUAAACAGUCAGUAGUAAAAUCGCUCACAGGCAGAAAUGCGUUUCGAAAUAUGUCGCGUCUCGCUUCUUGUUCUUGCCUGCGUUUUCGUUUUCAUAGGCACCGCAAUCGCAGCGUGCACCACUAGCAGAUACGAAGAUGGAUUUGGCGACCGUUUAAAAUGUUCCAACGUGACGUUAAAUACCACCCUAGUUUCUGGCGAGCAGGUCCUAAGGGACAUCAUGAUCUUCCAGUCGCGGAUAGAAAACAUUCCCGAUCGGACCUUUCAGAAAUACAGUACAAAUUUAAUUUCUUUGAACAUGCACGACUGCGGCAUCAAAGAAAUUUCCGGUUACGCAUUCGACGGUCUGAGGAAAUUGAAAAAGCUCGGUCUGCCGUACAACUACAUCACGUCGGUGAGAGAUCAAUGGUUCGCCGGUCUGACGUCUCUCGAGCAACUGGAUUUGUCAUACAAUCUCAUCACGUCGAUCGAGCCUACUGUCUUCGAGAGAUUGCGUGGUCUCAAAUGGCUUGAUAUCAGGGAGAACCGUUUGACAUGUCUGGAAUCGACUCAGCUUGUACCGAUGGCCGGUCUCGAGAAGUUUCGCUUCUCCGGAAAUCCCCUCACCUUCCGAUGCCGCGGCACGUUGACAUUGUGGCUGCGAGAUCUGGGGAUAAAUUACAAAGCUGAGCAAAAUGGACAGGAAAAUUGGCUGGAUAGCGUAUUGUGGCUAUGCGCCGCGGACGACGAUAAGAUAGCGGACUCUGAGGUUCUCAUGAAGGAAUGCAUCAUUCUGAAUCUGUUCAAUCAACUUCGCACCGGUUUGACUACGGCCGAAUUUUUUCCCCUAUUCACCCCCCAGGAAUGCAUAAACGCGAGAAACGAGCUCACGAAAUGUAUCGCUGCGGAUCGCAAAUACGGCAGAGAAGUUAUUACUAACGGACACGUCGUGAGAAAACUGUUAAGGCAGUUGAAAGAAUCGAAAUCUGCAUAAUGCAAUGGAUAUAUAUUUAUAUAUUUGAGAGAAAUUGUUAAUUUAUUAUAAAAUUAUCUUUACAUUUUUUGUACGCACGCACGCACCCCCCCCCCCACACACAAUAAAUGUAAAAAAAAUUUAUAAUAAAUUUUCAUUUAUAAAAAUAAAAAAUUUCAAUAUGAAAUCGCAUAAUUACACUAUUGUCAAUUACAUAAGUUGAUAAAACAGUAACAUUAAUUUUACUUUUCAAAAAUUAGCUUGUACAAAACAAUAUGCAACUUGUUAAAGUAUUGUCUACAUUACUCAAUUUUCAUUUAUUUUAUAUCUGUGUUAUUAAAUAUUGCUUAUCUAUAUAAAUAAAAA